AUGUACCGAGCCAGCGAGAGGCAGCCACGACUUUUCCGUCGCUCGCUCGUCCGGUCGUCCCCUCCCAAUCCAGCCACCAACCAAGAGAGCCAUGGCGUCCCCGUCCUGCGCCGCUGCCGCCGCGUGCCGCCUCGCCGUACCCUCCCCGUCCCCUGCCGCCGCGCGGCCGCCCAGGCCCCGGCGCGGCCUGGUGGCGGUGCGCGCGGCGGGAUAAACCCGGCCAUCCGGAAGGAGGAGGACAAAGUGGUCGACACCGUCCUCACCGGCGAGCUCGCCAAGCCGCUCAACGCCUACUGCCGGUGUUGGAGAUCAGGAACAUUCCCACUGCGAUGGAGCCCAUGUGAAGCACAACAAAGCAACCGGUGA